AUGUCAUUUUUUGAAUAGCAAGGCUAAGAGCUAUAAAUUAGGAAGGCUGAUUUGGAUGACUAUGACGAAAUUGUGUAAUUGAUGUAGGAGGAAGGCGAGGAGGAUUUGCAGCAGUUGUAUGCAUACCCAAAAAUUCUCACUCUAUUUGAACGCUCUUAUCUCUCGGUGACAGUGCUUGACUCUUAAAAUAACAUCAUAGGAAAUGCAGUAUUUGAUGAUUGUCCUUAAGGUGUUACAGGAUAAGUCGACUUCAAACAUGAGAAUUUGUGGGAAUAAUGGAUUCAUGAUGGAUGGGACAUUGGCUUUCAUGUAAGUUCAUUCAACUGUCUUUGGAUGACUUUCUUUUUUCUUGGUACACCUUCUAUAUCUAGAUCUAGCUAAGAAGCGAUUCCAAUUGACUGAAGAUCAACAGUUACAGAUAACCAAACAAAUCUUUCAAAAAGUCUAUGAUUACUUGAAUGUUGUCAAUGGGAUCUUCUUUUUGAGAAGGAGUGAAGCAAUAGAUGCCACUCAAUAAGAAUUGGAUAUUGCAUUAGAGAAUUUAUUUGAAAUAUUGCCAAAGAGACAAGAUUUCAAAUUGAAAGUAUGCUUAGAGUCUAAAAAUAAUAGUUCAUGUAAGGAGUGAAUCAGAAUUGUGAGAUCUUCUAUUCGGCAUCUUCUAUGGUAACUGAAUUACUGGAAAUUCGUAUGGCACGUGAAGAGGAUCACGAUGAUUUGGCUGCCAUCUUUAAUCGCCAAUCAGAUGUACACACUGAGGAGUUCGGUGAAUUUUUUAUUGCUGAUUUAAUUGCAACUCAGAAUCAAACCAGAAGAUAAGCUAGGAAUUAUAGAAGUGAUGGAAAGGCCAUUGUAGGAUAAGUUGGAGAUAAGGCAGUUGGAUUGAUGAGUAUUUCAAGUGAUAUCGAGUAAGAAUUUUUUGAUCUAAAUUAGUUAUCGUCUACUAGGAUAGUGUUUCGAUUUGGAAGUGUUUGAUAAUCUCUAUAAAUCAGAAUACAUGGAAGCUAUAAGAAAUAGGUUGGAUUAAUUGGCACUUGAAGAGUAAAUCAACAAGUAGAUCACUAAUUAUAAGAAGCACAUCGAAUUAACCAAAGAGGCUAUGAAAUGUCAUAUGAUUGGACAAAGACUCUAUUUACAAUAGUACUGUUUUGAUAGAGAUCAAGAGAUUAAACAAAAGAUUGAUGAUUAUGGGUAAGAAGACUUAGCCAAAACACUUACAUAAUAGGUUGUGACUAAUAUGAUCAAUGGGUGGUUGAAAGAUUAUCAAGUAUUCAAACCCAGUGAUCUCUUCUUGGAGUAUCCUGAUUCAUUCAAGGAUUUAGAAUGCAUCACCAUUAAACCUAUCCAAGUGUUACUAGAAGCACUUGAAUUCUUUGGAUUACCCAAAGGAUACAUGAAUGGAGAAGGCCAUUGGAAAGAUUGGGCCAAGAAGAAGGAGGAAGAGUAAAAGGCUCUCUCUCUCAAAAGGCCAAAAAGAUAACAGAAGAAAACUAAUAAGAAAGCUAAGAAGGAGGACAAGGAUGAAGACAUCUUCAAACCACCUCCUUAUUUUGAUUUAGGACCAUUCUUAUAAGCUUUUACUAAAUUCACGUCAGUCUCUGCUGAAACUAGAACGCAAUUCAGAAAAUAAAUAGAAUCAAGAGUCAAAGAGUUAAUCAUGGAAUUCUGUACUGAAAAUGGAGAAAUGGAUCCAAGUCGUCACAUAGAUUUGAUUGAAUUUCCAGAUGUACUAAGAAAUAAAGGGUUUGACAUUGGAGCACCUAUGGGAGAGAAUCUGGCAUUCAUACUAGAAUGUUUUGGUGAAUUAGAAGUGGACAAUAGGAUUGUGUAAAAGAUAAAGGAAGAAAAGGAUGCCAAAAAGAAGGAUGCCAAUCUUAAGAAAGUUGGUGAUGAUGCACCUAAACCUGUUGACGUUUUGUAGAAAAUGACUUCUUAUAGUGAAUUUAUUGGGGCCAUUUAAAAACUGAAAAACUAUGAUUAAAUGAUGUGCAGAUUGUAAUUAGUUCGAUCAAAUACAUUACAGAAUGAAGUAGAAGACAUUAUUCAAGAGGAACAAAAUAAGAUUAAAAAUCUUGAGAGAGCCAAAAAUGUUGAAAGGAAUUAAACUUAAUUUGAUGAACAUGUUUCUUAGAUUCAAUCUAUUGAUUAACUCCCAGAAGUCCCUAAAGCAGCUCAAAAUGCUGUUGUUAUCAAUCUAUUUUGCAUAGAUGAACGAUUUGAAUCUAGAUCACUUGAUUUUGUAGAAAGAGCCUUUGAACUCUUCCCUGAUCGAGAGUAUCUCAUCCUUACAUAACCAUACACAGUCUAAGAGACAACUCUGUUAUCACACUUUCUAUAGGUAUCAAGGAAGAAGCACUCCACCUUUGAGCAUGUUUUGUAUAUAUUCCAUAGAAAUAGUUUAGAUUCUCAUUUGAUUGAAUUAAGAAAGUUCAAUUAAAGUGAAUGGAAUUAAUGUCAGUUUUUAGUAGAAAAUCUAUUGGGAAAAGAGAACAUUGAAAAGGAUGUCAGAAAUGUAAAUGAUAAUGAAACAUUUAUUGUCUAUUGCAAAGAUGAAAUUAUUGGAUUGUACUGCAUGAAGAAGUAUGUCAAUCUCCAGUACUUGAAAUCUCAUUUCUGUAUUCAAGAUCACGUGCUGAUAAAGGAGCAUCCUAAACAUUUGCAUACUCGAUUAUUGCAUGGAAUCUUGAAUCCAUUAUUUGCUAAACAAACUAGAUUUAUUUUAAGGGAAAUAUGCAGAUUGAUGGAUAAAACAUGUAUAAUGUUGGAGAUUCAUGAUCGUACUCUUUUGCCAGAUAUAUUCCAUGAAUUCAAUUUUGUGAGAAGUCGUGCAUUUCCUCACUUCUUGAAAUAGAAAUGGGAUUGGACUCUUGAUGAUGAUUAAAGAGAACGUAUGGGCACAAUUCUAGAUGAUCGAGACCCAUACGAUUAAACUCAAUCCCCCUUUUCAUUAGCUAUGCUUACCAAAAAAUAACUAUCCAAUGUCAAAAUCUCCAAUAAUUCUCGUAUUGUAGUAGUAGGGGCAUCUGAUACUGGCUUGUCUUUUAUUGAAUCAUUACUUACAAUAAAGGAUAUUCACUUUACUAAUAUCAUCUUAUUGGCUCCUGGAGGGUUGAUUACCAUGCAUGUUAAACAUGAAUUUGAAAUGUUAAAAGCUAUGAGUACAAAUUAUACAUUGGAAGAAUUAAGAGCUUUGAUGAUAGAUGCUAGAGUGUAGGUAGUUGAUGCUAAAAUGGUAAAGUUGGAUAAAAAGGGGAAUCGAAUUAAAAUUGAUAAGAAUGCAUUCAUUCCUUUUGAUUAUCUCAUAAUCACUGUUGGUUUGAUUGAUACUGAAUUGUAAUCAAGAGAAAAGAUCAGUUUUGGUCUAUCCAAAUCUCCGUAUUACAAAAAUUCAUAAUUUAUAAAUGGAGUCUACAGCAUAGAUGAUCCAUACCUAUACUCCCAUUUCAAAAGAACUGGAUUCAAAGGAAGCAACAUAGAUUUGUUAACAAGAAAGAAAAAACCACAAAAUAUAACAAUUUAUGGCAACACCUUGACUACCAUUACAUUUAUGAAUGGGUUACUCAAUAGAGGUGUUCAUCCAUCUCGUAUUAAUUAUGUUAUGCCUCCCAAAACAUUUUAGAAAUAAACCAGGUUUGAGAACAAUAAAUAACGACUUGAAUAGGAGGACAAAAUGAUCUUUGACCCAGAUUAAUUUGAAAAUGAGGAAGUCAAAAAUAAAGUAUUCGACAUAAUGUUAAAAUUGGGCAUAAAAAUACAUCAAGGAUUCACUUUAUAUGAAUUAAAAGUAGGGAAGGAAGGAUUUGGAUUAAAUAGCGAAGAUGUAUUAUAGGAAGUCAUCUUUAGGAAAUAAGCAGACAAUUAUGAGGAAUUGAAAAUUGAGAUUCAGAGGAAGGAACAAGAACUUUAAGAGUUGAAGGACAACUCUGAAAACAAUAUGAGCAAAGACAUGUAUGGAGAAUAGGAGGAAGGAGAAAAUUAGUUAGAAGUACUAGCUAGAGAAAUUGAAUAACUCAAGGCAAGUGAAUAUGACUAUCUAUAAUUGGAUUCAAGAUUCUUCAUCACAAGUGGAUUGAUUGACAUUGACAAGGAAAUCUUUCAUAUCAUCCAUGAAAAUGGGUUAGUAUAUAAUGGUAGAUUGAUUGUAAAGAGUAAUUUUCAAACUACUUAAGAAAAUAUAUUUGCUUGUGGUAAGAUUUGUGAAUUCUCAUAAAGAUACAAGCAUCACUCAGUUGGAAAGAGUCUUCGAUUAGAUAAAUAUAAUGGAAGAGAAUUGGGUUAGAAACUAAGUAAAUGCAUUUUGGAAUAGCUGAAUCUAAGUUAUCUGACAUCCCAGACCUACUCUGUAGAUGAACUACCCUAAUUAUAUAUGCCCAUUGGGCAGGGAGGCAUAGUACCUCAUAAACUCUAUUAUUAUCAUAUUAAAAAGAAUGACUUCUCUAAACCUAGACAACUUUAAUAGCUCCCAUCCAAACCCAUACUGUCUGAUAACUUCAGUAAUGGAAGUGGACAUUUCUUAUAAUUUGAUAUUGAUCCAAAUGGAUUGAUUGAGAGUGUCACUUAUUUUGGUUCUGAAGCUGUUCAUAUCCCUAGUUUAUUGUAAUUUGUAGAGUUAUCAGUUAAAUAUUUGAAUAAAUUGGAAUAGAGAGGCAAAUUAAUAAAUAAUGUAUCUGAAUUUCUAUCUGAAAAUUGGGCUAUAGCAUUAUACCAUGAAUGGUUUAGUGAAUUCAGACACAUCACGAAAAGUGAGAUGCUGAAAAACGAAUUGAUCGAUUAGGUAUUGGAGAAGGCAUAAGAAUAUGCCAGAGAUGGCCGAUACAUGGAUGAGAACUUCUUUGAAGAGAUAAAGAAGUUAAUUACUAGAGACAUUGUAGAGAACAUUCAAGUAAACAUUAUUAUGAUUUUGAUUAGGAAGGUACUAUUGAGUUCAUUAGAGAAAAUCAAAAUCAUUUGCCUAUGUAUUUUAUCCCCAAAAAGAAACUUAAUUGA